UAUUGUUUUUACGGUUUUGUAAAUAUUGUCAAAUCGAUUUCUGAAUAAAUUGUGUUUGUUUCCUCGUAGUUUUCCUAAAAAUGCGCUAAAUGCGUAACAAAAUGUGUAGUUUUAUACUAGUAUACUUUGUUUAAAAAGAACGGGUUAUUUUAGUUUGAAGUUCGAUUUCAGUGUGUCGUUUUUAAAAUGAAAUUGUUAAUUUCAUAUUUUGCUCUUUAUUUUCUAAAUAUCGUUUCUGGUGAUAAUGGAUUGUGUGGUGAUACCUCUGUUAUAAAAACCCGUAGCUGCAGUACACAGAUUAUAGGAGAUGAAGAAAGUCAUGCCGAAUCAUGUGUGGUGAAGACCUUUCCCCCCAACAGCACUGUGUGCAAAGACAUGAGUUUUGGCCCUAUCACAUCCAACACUCAAAUCGGUGGAGUCAGUCUCAAGCCAUACGUCCUGUUCUAUGAAACAAACUACAACCGCAGAGAGAACUUAACAGUGCUGAACAUUACUUUCAGUAAUAUCAAAUGGAAGAAUAUGAAAUUUCGCUUCCAACGGCGAAAGGACCUAAGGAACCAUUGCAGAAACAUCAACAUAGCUAGGAACGUGACCAUCAAUGACCAGUCGGUGCUGUACUAUGACUGCUACUGGUCCAUGGCCGACUACAGCGGCCAGAGCCACAUCCUGGACUUUGAGGCCACCGAUGACAACCAGGUUGUCAACCGCGGACAGUAUUACUUCAACAUACCUUCUGCGGCUAUGCUUAGUCCGAUGGUGAAAACAGAAGACUGGAAACCGUUUGUCUACAUCGAAAUACACACAAGUACAAUGAAACUACACAUACUACCGCCGCCAACGAACAUCAAAAUACGCGCUUACCGCAUCGAAGUCAUGAGAGAACAUGACAAGGGCUUUGGUGAAGAGAUUGUUAAGAACUCAACAGUGAAACUAAAGAAUACAACUUCAGAGGUCAUCUACGAGUACAGCCUGCUAAGAAGCCCUGGGUCCUACUAUUUCCUUGUGGUGCCACUUCAUGAUAUGUGCUUGAGAGGAGAUACGGAGUGCCAAAUGGUAGACAGCCCCAGGAUUACCAUAACCAACGAAGUGCACCAAACCCUGAACAUCUGCAUCGCGAGCGUGACGGCGCUGGUGGUGGCCACUCUGUUCGCGUACUACAUCGUACUGCGACUCAUCAGGCGGUACUGGUGCAAGGACUACAGGCUCGCUAUCGGCAACGAACUACUAACGCCACCUCGGAUACUCGUGAUCUACUCGUCCACGAACAAGCUUCACGCCGAAUGCGUCUCGUCAUUCGUGGCGUAUCUCCGCGCGGAAUACGGCUUCGAUAUAAUGUACGACGGAGACAUCGCGUCCACCUCCCACGCCGACCCCUUCAUCUGGGCCCAGGAAGCCUUCAAUAUCGCCUCCAAUAUAGUCUACAUCGUCGGCCCGGCUGAGGAAGCCAAUAUCUACAACAAUAUAUACGACCAACCAAUCAUAAGCCCGCAUAGAGACGUCGACGCACUACUCCUGUCGUUUUUGCAAAUGAAUCGCGGCUCCCGAAACGGCAAAGAUGUGGUCAACGUCUUCUUCGAACACUCAAACGGGAGUAUACCCAUUGAGACGAAAAUGGAGAAGAAGUUUGUGCUGCUGAAAGACUGGCAGAAAAUGAUCGCGUUCCUCUCCAAGAAUAUGCCGCCGAAACACCUGAUGAUGAAGUCUGAUAAAGGGAAAUGCUUUUUGGAGGAUCUGAAGAGGGCUAAGAAGUUGCUCAGCGUACAACAGGACGAUGUAGUUAUCAAAUGCGACAAAUUGAAGACGAGCCCGUUCGAAAAGAAAGUUCUGCUCUAAAUCGAAGUGUUAACGAAAUCUGCUAUUGGAUCUGGUUGAAGAGUUACGAGUCUUAAGGCAACAUAUCAAGGUCAGUAUUGACUAAUCGUUUGGUUAAUCUUUCGUGUACCGUUGACUGAGGCUCUUUCGCCCGACUGUAGGCAUACAAAUCUUUUUAGUAGCCAAAGUUGUAAGUCGUUUAGAUUUGUUGUAACCGUUGCUGUUGAGCGUGAACAGUGAUGAAAUGAAAAUAGCUUUCUGUAAUCUUUAAUACACACAAACUACUUCCGCCUGUUACUGUCAUUUACAAUUUAUUGUUGCUUGUGUGGAUUGUGCUAUGAACUUUCAGUAGCCUAAUCACGAAAGGAACGCGGCCCGUUUCUUCGUGAUUGGGCUACAGGCUAUAGGUUGGAUAAGGUUUUAACUGAUGGUAAUGUGUUCGGGAUAUUUUGGGGACUAGGCUAGGAUGUUCGACCAAUGUUACGGAAUAGACUAUAGUACGAAUAUCCAAAGAUUGAUGGAUUCUUUAUGACAAAUAUUUGUGAUGUGAACUCGUACACACACAUUAUAAUUAUAAAAUUGUGAUUAGUAUCGCAGAGUUGCCGUUUUGGUACUACACUACAUGCAGGCAUGUUUCCAAGGUGGCCGCUUUACUAGAAUAUUGUUAAUCAUAGGUUAUGUUAGUUAUGUACGUACCUAUAUUUGUUAUUGGAAUAAUGUGGAAUAUAUAUUUUAAAGAGGUGUGAAUCUUCACUGGUCAAAUUUCGAAAAUUCGUAAUGGAGACGAAAGCGAUGGUAGCAAUUCUAAAGCAAAAAAGAUUAAUUUUGUACUGUCUUUAACAAAAAAUUCUGAAGAAAGUAUUUUAGUUGUU